AUGGUCCCACAAAAGCACUGCCCCCAUUCCUCCCCCGACCCCUCCCCACCAAGUUCUACAGCUCGGGAAGCCCGGCCCCGGGGCGUAAUUUCCCCCUACCAGAGGCCAGGUAUGGGCUGACCUCGGCUCCGGUUUCCCAGGAUGUUUAAGUGUAGCCGCAGAAGGUACCGGCAGAAAUCCCAAGGCCCAACUGCCACCACUGCAGCCACCAAUCUUGCCACCAUGGCCACGGAUAUCAACGACACCCACACUGCCACCACUGCAGCCACCAAUCUUGCCACCAUGGCCACGGAUAUCAACGGCACCCACACUGCCACCACUAGGGUGUGGAUCCUUCCACUGCAAGGUUAG